UCAUACACUUGUGUGAGCUCGCUUCCAAAUCAAAUUUAAUUAUCCUGAAUCCGAAACUCAAGGUUCUAAUAAGCGUUGCGUGUGCGGUGUUAAACUAAUGCGAAAGUAAUCAAAGUCGAAUGCAUUAAAGCGACGCGGCUGGAAGUCAAUAAAAAUAAACUACAUAAAAGCAACUUGCGGUCCCGGAAAUAAUGUCAACCACUGCCGAUCCCGUGGCUUUGGGGGUAAAGUCCCCCGUGGAGGAGGCCUUGGUGGUCAAAACCACCACAACGGUGGCCAAUGCGAUUGCCAAGACAGUGGCCGUAAUUAGCAGUACGGUCUCUAGUAGCUCCACAACUGGCGCCACCUCCACACCCACACCCACUUUCUCCUCCUCGACCACCUCCACCUCCACGCCCACGCCCACUCCCAUCCAAUCAUCAUCCCCCACUUUGGAAAAUGCUGGAGAGGAGAAACUCAGCGUGAAGGAUUUGAGCCAGGCCCUGCAGCAUUUCGGCAUUGUUGAUUACAUGGUCUUCAUCGCCAUGUUGGCGGUUUGCGCCGUUAUCGGCUUCUAUUUCGGCUUUAUCGAAAAGAAGCAGAAGAAGCAGAAGCUGGCCGACAAGGAUGGAGGGGCGGCGGGCGUCGAGGAGAGGCGUGGCUCGGAGGCGUUGGACUACCUGGUGGGUGGACGCCAAAUGAAAGUGUUUCCGGUCGCGCUGUCACUUGUGGCAAGCUUUGUGUCCGGAAUUUCGCUCCUGGGAACUUCGACGGAAAUCUAUGUGUACGGGACGCAGUACGCCUUUAUCCUGGUUACCCUGGCCAUCUCGGGAGCCAUUUCGUGGUACAUUUUCCUGCCGGUGUUCUGCAAUCUCCAGCUGACAUCCACCUAUGAGUAUUUCGAGUUGCGCUUUAACAAAUCGGUUCGUCUGCUGGGCUCCGCCUUUUUCACGGUUGCAAAUCUAAUUUGGCUGCCCAUUGUCAUCUAUGUCCCAGCUUUAGCCUUUAAUCAAGUUACUGGCAUUAAUAUACAUAUCAUCACGCCAAUCGUUUGCUUGGUCUGCAUAUUCUACACAACGGCCGGGGGUCUGAAGGCCGUUGUCUGGACAGAUGUGAUCCAAACCGUCAUUAUGAUAGGCGCGGUGGUCUUUGUCAUCAUCAAGGGCACCUACGAUGUGGGCGGUCUGGGCGUGGUUAUUCAGAGGAAUUUCGACAGCGGACGAAUCGAGUGGCCUGAAUUCACGUUCGAUCCCAAAGUUCGCAUGUCAAUGUUGGCCUUGGUUGUGGGCAGUGUUGGCCACAACACUUACCAAUUCGGCUGCAAUCAGAUGAUGACCCAACGCUACAUGUCUCUUCCUGGUGUUAAACAGAUGGCUCAUACAUCAUUUAUUUUCGUUUUUGGAUUGAUCCUUUUAUAUGGACUAUGCAUUUAUAACGGUCUUCUUCUUUAUGCAACUUACUUCGACUGCGAUCCAUUGACCACAAAGUUGGCAGCGGCUAAGGAUCAGUUGGUUCCCCUGCUCGUGGUCCAAUCCAUGACCUCUUUCCCCGGAGUUCCCGGCAUGUUUGUUGCCGGAGUGUUUAGUGCCGCCCUCAGUUCCCUGUCUACGGGUAUGAAUUCACUGGCCGCAGUUUUCCUGGAGGACUACAUUAGACCCCUGAGGAAAAAACCCCUCACCGAGCACCAAACCGCUGUCACCAUGCGUGUCUGCACUGUGAUCAUUGGGGUCGUAAGUGUGGCUCUGGUUUUCGUGGUUGAACGGAUGGGCUCCCAUGUGAUGCAGCUGGCCAUUACCAUUGGUUCAGUGGUCCAGGGUCCGCUUCUGGCACUCUUUUCUAUGGGCCUGCUUUGCCCCAGCAUCAACUCAAAAAGCGCCAUUGUGGGAUCCCUUGUUUCGUUCUUCUUCAUGGGCUGGCUAAGUCUUUCGGCUCAAGUUGCCAUAAACUCUGGGGAAAUUUAUUCCGAGACAAAGCCGGUCAGCAUCGACGGCUGUGAUUAUGAGUUCGACCGUUCUCUGGUGACUCCAGCCAAUGCCACCUUCCUGAGUGAAGAAUCUGCGAAUCUCAGUUUCGCCGAGCAGCUUUACCACAUAUCCUUCAUGUUCUACACGGUUAUGGGGGGUACAGUGGGUGUGAUAGUCGGACAUCUGGCUGGUUUUAUCUUUGGCCGCAAUGAACGCGGUGACGUGGAAGAUGAAUUGCUUUCGCCCUGCACGCGCAGAUCUAAGUCCAUGUAUUCCAGCGUAAAUCUGAACGAGAACUCGAUUAAAAGUCCCAAUGAGAAAUCAUAGAGCAUUUUUUAGCUACUUUCGUUCUACUAACAUAAUUUGUAAUAUCGUUUUUGAUAUUGAAAAUAUUAUUACAUUUUAAAUAAUAGAUUAAUUGGUGUCCUCUAAAAUUUUCAUUCAAUUUAAUUCUAAGCUGACUUUUUGGAUUUAUAUGUACUUAACAAUAAACAUUUUUUGCUUGUU